AUGCGUGGUAACGUCAACGCACGCAUCCACACGGACACAUUUGCUAUCUCGGAGCUUCGAUUCGGUGGAAAGACAGACGUUAGCAGUGCGGAGGAAAAGACUGAUCUUGAUCCUGAAACAACUUCGCGCUCACUUGGAACGGACUUGGCAUGA